GAGAAGCCUCUCUUCAUAGCCAAGGGACCAAAGGCAUCCUUACACCGUCGGAGGUGACCCAAGAGAAGGGGAAAGAGAUGGAGGAAGAGAACCCAAAAGGAUCUGGAACUGGCAAGACAGCAAGGAAAGGCCCCCAUCCCACCCAAGCUGGGAGUGUUGUUGAAUGCUGGGAAAGCCUGGUGCCAGAUACCCAAGAUCAGCUCAUUGCAAUCUCAGAUCUACAUGGACAGCGCUUCCGGCAGUUCCGCUACCAUGAGGUCGAUGGACCUCGAGUGGUUUGCAGCCAGCUCCAUGGACUCUGCAGCCAUUGGCUGAAGCCGGAAGGGUGCACCAAAAAGCAGAUCAUGGACCUGGUGACCUUGGAGCAGUUCCUGGCCAUCCUGCCCCAGGAAAUGCAGUGCUGGGUCAGAGGAUGUGGGCCAGAGACCAGUUCCCAGGCGGUGGCCCUGGCUGAAGGUUUCCUCCUGAGUCAGACGGAGGAGAAGAGGCAGGCAGAGCAGACAGUGAAGAGAUGCUGUUGAGCCGUCAUCUUUUCAGAGGCGUAGAAACGGCUGCUAUCCCUCCAGUCCAGGGUUGCUUUUCCUUUGAGGAAGUGUCAGUCUAUUUCACUGAGGCAGAAUGGGCCCUGCUGGAUCCGGGGCAAAGAGCUCUCUACAGGGAAGUCAUGCUGGAGAACUAUGGGAAUGUGGCCUUUCUGGCAGAGGAUGAUCAGAGGAACGAGAAGGGGGAGGAACUUCAUCAGCAAAUGCCAGACAGAGAUAAAAAUGAAGAUUUGAAAGAAAACAUCAGAAAUCGAGGGAGACCCAAGAGAAAGAAAGGCAGCCAUACAGCUGAGAAGCAAGAAGGAAGAAAGCAGAAAAUACAUAUUCCAAAGCAGAGGAUAAUGAAGGAAAGUAAAUCCAUUCAGUGUGGAAAGUACUUUAGAAAAAGAUCAAAGUCCCUUGUGCAUCAAAGAAUACACAGAGGGGAGAAACCUUUUGAAUGCUCAGAGUGUGGAAAGAGAUUCAGCCAGAGUGGCAAUCUUCAACAGCAUCAGAGAACUCACACAGCAGAAAAACCCUUUGAAUGCUCAGAGUGUGGAAAGAGAUUCAGUCAGAAGUGCAAUCUUCAGCAGCACCAAAGUACCCACACAGGGGAGAAACCUUUUGAAUGCUCAGAGUGUGGAAAGAGAUUCAGGUUGAGUUGCCAUCUUCAACAGCAUCAGAGAACUCACACAGGGGAGAAACCUUUUGAAUGCUCAGAGUGUGGGAAAAGAUUUAGUACGAGAGGCACUCUUCAACAGCAUCUGACAACCCACUCAGGGGAGAAACCUUUUGAAUGCUCAGAUUGUGGAAGGAGAUUCAGUCGGAGUGGAAGUCUUCAACUGCACCAAAGUACCCACACAGGGGAGAAACCUUUUGAAUGCUCAGAGUGUGGAAAGAGGUUUGGGUUGAGUGACACUCUUCAAAAGCAUCUGAGAACGCACACAGGAGAGAAACCUUUUGAAUGCCCAGAAUGUGGGAAAAGAUUCAGUCAGAGUGGCAGUCUUCUACCGCAUUUGAGAACCCACACAGGGGAGAAACCAUUUGAAUGCUCAGAGUGUGGAAAGAGAUUCAGGUUGAGUGGCAGUCUUCAACAGCAUUUGAGAACCCACACAGGGGAAAAACCUUUUGAAUGUUCAGAGUGUGGAAAGAGAUUCAAGUUGAGUGACCAUCUUCACAAGCAUCAGAAAACCCACACAGGGGAGAAACCUUUUGAAUGUUUAGAGUGUGGAAAGAGAUUCAAGUUGAGUGACCAUCUACAAAAGCAUCUGAGAAUUCACACAGGGGAGAAACCAUUUGAAUGCUCAGAGUGUGGGAAGAGAUUCAGUCAGAGCGGCACUCUUCAACUGCACCAAAGAACCCACACAGGGGAGAAACCUUUUGAAUGCUCAGAGUGUGGGAAAAAAUUCAGUAGAAGUGGCAAUUUUCAACAGCAUCAGAGAACCCACAGAGGAGAGAAACCUUUUGAAUGCUCAGUGUGUGGAAAGAGAUUCAGUCAGAAUUUCAAUCUUCAAGUGCACCAAAGAACCCAUACAGGGGAGAAACCUUUUGAAUGCUCAGAGUGUGGAAAGAAAUUCAGGGUGAAUGAUGCUCUUCAAAAGCAUCUGACAACCCACAAACAGGAGAAACCUUUUAAAUGUUCAGUGUGUGGAAAGAGAUUCGGUGAGAGGGGGAAUCUUCAACAGCAUCAGAGAACUCACACAACAAAGAAAACAUUUGAAUGUUCUGAGUGCGGAAAGACAUUCUGUAGGAGAGGUGCUCUUCAUCAGCACCAAAGAACCCACACAGGGGAGAAACCUUUUGAAUGCUCAGAGUGUGGAAAGAGAUUUGGUCAGAGUGGCACUCUUCAACAGCACCGAAGAACCCACACGGGGGAGAAACCUUUUGAAUGCUUGGAGUGUGGAAAGAAAUUCAGUAGGAGUGCCAUUCUUCAACAUCAUCAGAGAACCCACACAGGGAAAAACCUUUUGAAUGCUCAGAGUGUGGAAAGUGAUUCUGGUUGA